AUGCCUGCUGCAUGCAACAUAGCUACGAAUUCGAGUAAGUAACUUCAUAAACUGUGCUCUUUGGUGUGGGAUUGUUCAGGAGCUAAUGGAGAACUACCAAGCAGCAAUUCCCUUCAACACAUCCUCUCUGAAUGUCAACCCUCGAGUUGUUUCUUCACCGUCAGCUGGUGAUACGGCAUGCGUGAUUUAUCCCUUGACAUGGCUGUCAGUCUUAGAUAUGACGGAAAAACUGAUAUGAAGAACAGACAUUGAAUGUCAGUGACACAGCGGAAGGAUUGACUUCGUACGGUUGAGAAUCCGGGUCAUUGGGACACUAAAUGUGAAUCUUCACUGCCAUUGCUACAGAUGGACAACAGCAAAAAUACUGAUAGUUGUAACAAAUCACGCCAGAAAACAGCCUCUGGUCGGGUGAAUUGCGGCUCACCAUCCCGUGGCAGAUCCUCAACGGCUCGGUUCGGUGGAGUGACCGUCGUAUUGGCAGGUAUGUGCCAAUCUUUCAAAAGCAAAACACAGGGCAGCAUGACUAACUGACCGGUUGGACUGUAACAUCACAGGGGAUCCGAAGCAAUGCCUUCCCGUUAUUCCCAAGUCAUCGCCUGCACAAAUCGUCGACGCUUGCAUCAUGAAUGCUGGCUUCUGGGGGGAUGUCUCUAUAAGUAGUAGUCCUUGCCUGACUUUUAGACCCUAUACUAACAGCGACACGGUGCAAGGGCAGACAAACAUGCGUCUUCUGGCCGCUGCAGACCGCACGAUCGAAACGGAACGGGCAAAGGCACAGGGCUUUGCAGAUUGGCUCUUAGGAGUUGGAGAUGGGUUGGCGAACAAAACAGAAGACUAUCGCGCUCCUACAUGAGCUUCUCCUGCCGGCGACCACGAGGAACAGAUCCGGGUUGAUCAGACACAUCUAUCCCGGCCGCGCGCUCGAACUGGACAAUAUGUCGAUAGGCGAAAAAGUCGAAUACUUCCGACAUCGAGCAAUUCUGGCGCCCAAAGAUUCGCAGGUGGAUCAGAUCAACGACAUGGUGCUCGACCUGCUGCCGGGUGACGCUCAAACAUUCUACAGCCCGGAUUCGGUCGUCGAAAACGAAGACGAAUCACUGUUCUCGAUCGAGUAUCUUCAAAGUCUCAACAUCGCCGGAAUGCCGUUGCACACUGCAAGAUUCAAAGUGGAAACUUGGACCCCACCGCGGAGCUGUGCAACGGCACAAGACUGUUGUCAACUCGGUUACACACCCGCGGGCUCGAGGCCAUCAUUCUCACAGGAGAUCAUGCUGGACAGCCAGUUUCGUUGCCACGGAUCACGCUGAAGACAGGGCCAUCAGCUGA